AUGGAAGGCAUUAACGUAGAAGAAGCUAUCGCCAAGCAGCUUCUUAAGAACGCCGAAACUCGUCAACAAAACUUGCUGGAUCGCAUCAUCAGCGGCCUACAACGGCAACCUCCACUCGAACAGAGAGAGUUAGCCAUCUAUAGGGAGAGCUUGGAGGCGGUGACGCAAGAGUGUCUAGAACAUCAUAAGAAGUACGUUGCAGCGGGCGAAGGAGACGCAAGCGAGCACAGCACUUACGAAGAAACUACAAAACAGAAAAUCAACGAAGUGAAUCGUACAAUACAAGAGUCGCUUAUAGCUAGCAAAAGAGCCUCCCCGACCCAAACAUCUGACGAACACGCCAAACGUCGACGCAUGGAACUAGAAAGGAAGCUUCAAGAGGUUAAAGAGAAGGCACUUCAAGCUCAAAGGGAACAGCGGGACAUCGAAGCCGCCUUAAAAGAGCAAGAGGUUCCCAGGACCUCCACCCCUAUCCGGCCAGAGUCACCUCGGUGGUCCAGAGUACAGGAUAUUUCAGGGAUUCACAACAUGACAGCAACAACAACGUCGACUCAAUGGUUGGACAACUUCGUUUCACGAAUGAGAGCCAAUCCCUUUAACGGUGACCCCAAGGAGUGGUCGAGUUUUAUCGCAGCCUUCGAGAGCUUUGUCCACGAUACCACUUUGACCAACCAACAGAAAUUGUUAAUCCUUGGAGAUGUUCUGUCUCCAGAUGUAAAGAAAAGAAUGGCCCAUCUACUUCAAACACCAGGAACCUACGAGAGAGCCGUAGAAGAGCUUCGCCAAAAGUAUGGGGGUGUGCAGCAAUUGGUUAGAUAUCAUAUACAGCGCUUGAUUCUCCUUCCAAGCUGCAGACAGGGCGAUCAUUCAGCUUUAUACGAAUUCUCAUCAGAACUCCAUGACACCGUGGCCACGCUACAGGCCCUAGAACAAGCCGAUAAGUUGAGUUACGGGACUACCCUCGAACAAGUGUCAUGCAAGUUACCUCCCGACGUAAGAAGCAAUUGGGCCAGGUUUGCGUUCCAAUUACGACCAAAAUACGCUGACCUCAAUGAUUUGGACCAAUGGUUAAUCACAUAUACCGCUGCUGAAGAAGAGAAUAGAAGAACCCAGCUACUUAUGGUACCAGCCCAGGCGGUAACAACGGCGAGAACAAGGCAAGAGGGCAGACAACUAGAACCAAGGCCACGUGGAUCCACCCAUCUGGUCUCUACCCUAGCAACUCCUGAGACGCAAGAUCAACCCUGUGGACUAUGCCGGGCUCAACCAGGACACGGCUUGCCGAAAUGUGCCGAUUUCGUUAAAAUGGCUCUGACUCAGCGAGCAGAAGCCGUGAACCGAUUAAAAAAUUGCUUCCGAUGCCUUGGCCGCAACCACUGCAGCGCAGAAUGCAAGAAGGACACCGCGUGCAAUUUAGAUGGCUGCAGAGCACGACACCAUCACCUACUCCAUGGCGCUUCACGGAUCAGCGGACGCGGUACAGGAAGCACAGUAAGCCAUCACUGCAUCUCGAAUAGCGGAAAUCUUCGCCCCACCAUCUUACUUGCGGUCUUACCGGUUCUUGUGUUCGACGGAUUAAAAUGGGUAAAAACAUACGCUUUAUUAGACAGCGCAAGUGAGUCAUCUUUAAUUCAGACGGAGAUGGCCAGAAAAUUGGGACUCGAGGAACGUACCAACAACAUCAAACUUAAAUCAAUCCAUGGAACCGAAUCGGACAUCUCGACAACCACUACCAGCUUCACGAUCGCUUCAAGUGAUCAUUCGGUGGCCUACACAAUUAAGAACGCGCUUACAAUACCCGAGUUUCACCUCACAAAACGAAAAAUCAAUUGGCCGUUGGAAAUCCCUCGUUGGAGCCAUUUGUCCACAUUGCCACUAGAAGAAAUUGACACUUCGCUGGUCACCAUCCUGCUCGGAUAUGAUAUCCUCGAUGUACACCUAACGCUAGAAGUCAGGCGGCCGUCUAAGAGUGCACCAGGUCCCACAGCCAUACGAACCUCCUUAGGCUGGACGGUAGUUAGUCGGUUCCAGUUAAAUCAACCAACAUUUCAAGAGAAUGCAGCUUCAAGUCAUUGCACGUUAACCCGAUUGCAUGAAGACCCAUUGACAGCACUGGUAGAGAAUUUCUCGUCAACCGAGUCGUUCGGCACAACCCCAGAUGUAAGGAAAUUAGUUUCUCCAGACGACCAUGCUGCAUUAGCAUCCUAUGCUCGGACGAUUCGCCUGCUGGAUACCGGACGGUAUGAGAUAGGCCUUCCGUGGCGAAUACCCCGCCAAACCCUUCCUGACAAUUCCCAUCAGAUAUUGAAAAAUUUCUUCGCUUUGGAAAGACGACUACUACAACAACCGGAAUUGGCAAAGCGUUAUUCAAAGGCCAUUAAUGAAUACGCUGAGUUAGGAUACGCCAGACAAGUUUCAUCGGAUGAAUUAAAAAUUGAAGAUUUGGGAAGUAGGUGGUAUGUUCCGCAUCAUGCAGUGACUCACCCUCACAAACCCAAUAAAUUGAGAGUAGUGUUCAACCUAUCGGCAAAACAUCGUGGUAUCUCAUUGAAUGCAGUAUUGUUGAAGGGUCCCGACUUCUAUCCCAAUCUGGUAGGAGUGCUACUCCGCUUCAGAAGUAAAAAAAUCGCUGUUUCAGCCGACAUCGCCAAAAUGUUCCUGCAAGUCCGUUUGAGGGAAGAAGAUCAGCCGUACCUUAGCUACUGGUGGAGACCACCUGGCGAUGUUCGCCCACCACAAACCUUUCAAAUGAUGGUGCAAACGUUCGGUGGCGUCUCCUCGCCAAGUUCAUGUCUUUACGCUGUGCGUAAGACGCUUGAGGACAACCCAGAAUUUGAGGAUCUCCGUAGCAAGAUAUUACGCCACAUGUUUGUCGACAACUACCUUGAUUCAUUUGACAGUGAAGACACCACCAUUCAGGACUGCCUACGAUUAAAGGAACUGCUGAGUAGGGGAGGAUUUCAGUUGAACCAAUGGACUUCAUCCUCUAGAAGAGUCUUAGCCGCUAUCCCACCCGAAGAAAGAGACAAGCCAGAACUAGAUCUGGAUUUAGACGAACUGCCCGUAGAGCGGAUGUUGGGAAAUUGGUAUGACAGUCAAACAGAUGCCUUUACUUUCAAGUUCAAACCUCAACCAGAAGUCCGGUCCAUGCGUCAGUUGUUAUCGGCAGUCGCCAGUGUGUUCGACCCCAUCGGUUUUAUAACUCCGGUGGUAUUAGUUGGCAAGCUUCUGUUCCAGCGAGCCUGGAAGAGCAAAAAAGGUUGGGACGAGGAACUGCCAAACGACAUUUUAGAAGAUUGGAACCGAUGGAGCAGCUCUCUUGUAUACCUCAAUCAACUUGCCGUUCCACGUCAAAUAGGGGGAGAUGGCAGAGGAGUGAAGAGACAAAUUCACAUUUUUUGUGACGCCUCGGAAGCUGCCUUUGGAGCAGUAGCAUACCUCCGCAUCGAUCAACAGAGCCGGGUACAGAUUAAUCUGGUGUUAUCUAAAGCAAUAGUGGCUCCCAUUAAACCUUUGACGAUACCGAAGCUCGAAUUGCAAGCUGCCGUGCUAGGCUAUCGGUUAUCCAGAACCAUAGUAGAAGAGCUGGAGAUAACUACCGACUCAAUAUUUUUCUGGAGCGAUUCACAAACUGUUUUACAGUGGAUAAAAUCUUCCCAUUUUAGAUUCGAGCGGUUUGUCGCCAACAGGAUUGGAGAAAUCUUAGAAACCUCAAACCCCAACCAAUGGAACCAUAUCCCAGGCGUUCUAAACCCAGCGGACGAAGUGAGCCGAGGAAUAAAUGGAGGCGAACUUAUAAUCAAUCAUCGGUUUUUCACAGGCCCUGCAUUCUUGAGAGAAAAUCCAGAAAAGUGGCUUAUUCCGACUGAAACUUUGACACUAGCACCAUCAACAUCAACAGAAGCAAAGAAGGAAAGUAACGACCAAUUCCCGGCAAGUCCAGCGGAGAUUAUCAUCAAGAGGUAUUCCGACUUAGACAAGAUCAGAAGGAUGAUAGCAAGACUAACGCAGUUCCAGCGAUUUUGGAAAGCAAAAAGGGCUCACAAACCGAAGCCUUCACUUUGGCUACGAAACGUCGACUUGCAACAAGCACUACACGAAUGCAUAAGAACAGUCCAGCGAAGGGAGUUUAAAGGAGAUAUUCAAAGGCUUGUCGCUGGUAUACAAGUACGUUCAUCUUCUCACCUGAAAAAAUUAACACCGUUCUUAGACAAUAGCGGGAUCAUGCGUGUAGGAGGUAGAUUGGAGCACGCCUUGCUGCCCUACGAAGCCAAACAUCCAGCCAUACUGUUGUUAGAUCAUCAACUCACAAGACUAAUUGUCAAAGAUCUGCAUGUAAAAUUUGGGCACGCGAAGACAGAAAGAUUGUACUACGAGACGCGAACAUGCUAUUGGAUUUUGAAGGGCAGAAGAGCAGUCAAACGCGCGGUAAGGAACUGCAUGCACUGCAAAAGGCAAUCCAGCACACCCGUCUACCCCAUUAUGGGACAACUGCCCCAGGAACGGUUAGCAUCAUGUGUACAUCCAUUUUCUAAUGUUGGCAUUGAUUUUUUUGGACCUUAUUUCGUGAAUAUCGGUCGACGCAGUGAGAAAAGAUACGGUUGCUUAUUCACUUGUUUGGUAACGCGUGCAGUGCAUUUGGAAUUAACGGACAAGAUGGACAUGGGCUCAUUUUUGCUGGCAUUCAGGCGAUUCAUCGGCAGAAGAGGAACGCCGAAUACUGUGUUCAGUGACAAUGGAACAAACCUGACAUCUGGCCAAAGGGAGCUCCAAGAAGCGAAAAAACGGAUCAACAGCAUGGAAUUAAUAGACUGGCUCGCUAGAAGAGACAUCCGCUGGAGAUUUUCCCCUCCUGCAGCACCACACCAUGGAGGAGCGUGGGAGCGCCUAAUAAAGGCAUUUAAAUCUUCCCUGAACGCGGUGUUAAACGAGAAAAAGGUGAGAGAAGAAAUCUUAAGGACAGUUUUCGUAGAAAUAGAAGCGUUAUUAAACGCCAGACCGCUCACACACCUCAGUGUUAACCCACAGGAUCUCAGCCCCCUUACACCAAACCACUUUCUCCUUCUACGCCCACAUCCCCACGUCCCACCAGAUAUAGUGGAAGGGAACAGUACGUUAUCCAGGAGAAGUUGGAUCGCGGCCCAACAAAUUGUCACUCAAUAUUGGCGGCGUUGGCUAAAGGAAUAUGCACCCAACCUCAUCGAGAGCAAGAAAUGGAUGAAGAUGGAAAGAAACAUACAAUUGGGAGACGUCGUAUUGGUCAUCGAUCACAGUACGCCAAGGGGAGAAUGGCCAGUCGGGAGAGUAGUGAAAACUACGCCGGGCAAGGACGGAUUUGUCAGGGCCGCCACCGUACGAGUGGUGAUCAGGGAUUCAAACCCUCAAACCAAACCAAGAUAUCGGGAAUACACGCGGCCGGUCGUUAAAUUAUGCCUGUUGUUGUUUACUGACAACGACGACAAGAGUUUUGAAGGCACAACGAAUUCUUCAGUAGCAGUAUCCAAAUAG